AAGGUGUCGGACGUUUCGCUCCUCAUCCGAAGAGCUUCGUCAGCGAACUAAUAAGUGCUGGUAGCCUAGGCCUUAAAUACAGUACGAGUGGGCGGAAUUGGUGUGCCAACACCCUCCUCCUAUUGGUUCGUUACACUAAGCCUGGGCGGAGUAGUGGUAUAAUCCUAUCCUGCUAUUAACACCUCCGAUAAAAGGGAAGUGUCACUCCCUGAAUUGGGUAUGAACGACUCUGAUACUGGCUUGUUAGCAUCUAUUGUUCUGGCUCGGCCCUGGCUUCACCUCAUUUGCAAGACUAAGAGCUGUGGGUUUUGGUCUCAGUAACCUGCUGAACACAGGGUCCAAAUUAAACCUCAAACCACCAUUCCGAUUCAAUGAUGGGUUCUGUUGUUUGACAAAAAUAGCUUCCUUUACUCCUCUUUCAAACCAUCUGUUUUCUUUGGCCAAAAUCUUUACCUCGCUGUCCUGAAAAGAGUGAUUGGUUGCUUUAAGGUGUAGAUGUACUGCUGAUUGAGGACCACUAGAAUUGUCCCUGCGAUGUUGAUAAAGCCUUUUUUUGGAGCAUUUGCUUAAUUUCCCCAAUGUAGUGCUCUUUCAUUCCUCAUCUUUACAGUGGAUGGAAUAGACCACAUUGCUCUGUUUUUGGUUUGGAGCCUUGUCUUUAUGAUGCACUAAUUUUUGUCUCAGGGUAUUUACUGGUUUGAAAUAGGUAGGAAUUUUGUGUUGCCAUAAGAUCCUCUGGAGUUUUUCGGAGACCCCCGCUACAUAAGGGACUACCACUCCUCUCCUUUUUGCUUCUGUGGGCUUUUGGGUUUCUUUCCCUACUCUCUUCUUUUGACAUUUGUUAAAGGCCCACCGCACUGACGCACUGACGAGAAAGGCCACACACACUGACCAAUACCUGCUUUUUGAAUCAAACCAUCCACUACAACAUAAACUAGGGGUUAUUAGCACCUUCCAACAUAGAGCGGAACAAAUACCAACUAGUGCUGAGCGAAGGAAAAAGGAGACACAACAUGUCCAGAGAGCGCUCUCAACCUGUGGGUACCCGCGGAGCGAAACGUCCGACACCUUCUUCACAGAAGUACAGAUGACGUCUCAAGAAGCCUUUCCCUCGAUGGUAUGUUUAAGUAUUUAAAAAUUAUCAUUAAAUGUGUAUGCACAAUUAUUAUACAUGAAAUUGUAAUAUAUAGCAUAUUUAAUCAAAUAAAGUUCAAUGCAUCACAAGAGAUGAAAUCAAAAGGCAGCAAAAGUUUAGACGUGCAGUGGUUGGGAUUGUGCACAGUUGGACUCUUUCCAUAGCAGUCACACUUCAGCAGGCACUGGCUCACAUUAAUAUUAUGGAGAUUAACUUCAACCAAAUACUGUGUAUACUCUUACAUGGACAAGUCUAUUUCUGUCCAUCAAGGCACAGUACUCUGCACUAAUGUACCCUUAAGGGCUUUUUAUUGCACUUUAAAGUACUUUUACAUGUACCUCAAUAUAGCAUGUUUAUUUUUUUGUUAUUGAAAUCUACAAUAGUCCACCUAAAUUUUCACAAACUAUAAACCUCUAAAGUCACGCAGAAGAUGCAUAACCUGAGCAAAGAGUAUCUCUCAGUACAGUAUUUGUUUUAGCACCAUGAAAGAAUGCUAGUGAUGACAACCAUUCACCUGACAUGGAACUUACUGUGACUGAGGAAGCGGUCCUGGCUGCUCAGUACAAUAUGGCUGAAGCGACAAUAACUUUAUGCUAAUAGCAUUAAGUAGAAUUAUGAAUGUAUUGUUUCUACAUUGUUAUGUGCAGCUGUUGACUUGUUUUUGCUAAUAAGUGGACAUGCACGACCCAAGUUGUUAUUUUUCCUCCUUAAUCUCAUGGUUAACUUAUUUUUUACACUUGAAUGUUACUUUGUGCAGUUCAUAUUUUUUUAGGGAAAAAACAUGUCUAUGAAACAGGGAAAAAAUAGUUUCUUGUGCACAGGCUCAUGGCUCCACUCCAGUCUCCACGCCAGGAUUAGCUGAUAACCAGGGGGAUGGGGGUGAGAGAGAGGAGAAGGGGGUGUAUGAGAAUCAACACCACUGGCCUGUGAUGGGUGGAGAGAUUCUCUUACCAAAGGAGGGGAAAACAAGACCAAGGGAAGAAAAAAGUGUAGAAAGUGCAGAGACGAGAGGUUGCGCUGCAUCUCUUCCCGCAGAGCCCCUCAGAAAGAAGCAGACUUAAGGCAGAAAAACAGAGCAAAAGUUUACUGCGUGUGUCCCUCUGAGGAGAAUGAGAGUGCAGAGAAGAAGUGCAUCCAGAUGUUUUAUGUUCUCACUACAGGCACAGUCUCUGCACAGCUCUGCAUGCUCACAAGGACCAGGAACAUCUUCACUUUAAACACGCACCUCCACUGAUAUCAUUGGAUAUCAUGCUUUUUCUGUGAAAAGGACUAUUUUUGUUUCUCUGUUUUGAACUGUUUUUGGAGUCCACAGAAUGGAGAGUGUCAAACUGCUGUUGUUGGACAUAUUGUGGGUCGUGGCAAUGUCUGCACAAGGACUUUCUGCUCCAUAUCACAACAAUGUGAUUGACCUUCUGGCAGCUUUAAACAUGUCUCACCCAAAAAGCGGACUGUCCAGACUACACACUCCCACAGGGGUCGUGUAUAGAAUCCGCCCCAAAGCGCCUCACUUGACCCUCCCUCAGGAAUAUUCCCAGAUGCUGCACUCCAACCUUCAGGGAAGCAUGGGGUUACACUUUGUGGGACACCAGUUACACGGCAUCAACAUCACCCUUUUGUCUCUCUCCACGUCAUCCUCACCCAUUCUUCAACUCAUCUCGUCCACUCUGGAGGACACUCUGCGUGUGGACUACCAGGCGGAGGGAGGCGUUCAAGGCUUUGUUUUCCCCAGGAGAAACCCCUUCUCCUCGGGGGAAUGGGUACAGUUGGCCGUCAGCCUGGAGCCAAGCAGGCUCGUAUAUUUUGUGGACUGUCAAGAAGCUGAAGUUGUACUAAUAAAAGAGGAGGAGAAGUUCAAUGUGGAACUACCCCAAGAUGUUGUUGUCACUCUGGCCAGCACACCAGGGAACAAAGACAGCAAGUUUAGUGGUCAUUUAAAGAAAGCUGAGAUUUCCAUGAAGGCAUAUCAAAAACGCCCUUGGCACUGUGACCAUGUUGCAGAUGUUCUUGUUGCAUCCAAACACAUGCAGCACAAUGCCAGCAUCCCAGUAUUGCAACAGAAUGUGUCUUCCACCAGUAAAGCCACUCGGACACCUCUCCAAACCGUUCAUUAUCCUCACAACAUCCAGAGUGACCAGCUGCAAAGAGGAGUGGUCCUGGGGCCUCCAGGACUUCCUCAAGGGGGGAAGCCUGCUUCCCAAGGCCUGAGCAAGCUGGAGACCAGGCUGGAGGAUCUGGCUCGUAUGGUGGACAUGCUCAAAGCUCAGAAUGAGGAGCUUCAGUCACGAGUGCGCCACCUAGAGGGAUGUGAGUGUGUUAGGCGGUCGUGUGUGUGGGAAGGUCGAGAGGUGGCGGAUGGACGACGCUGGCAGACUGACGUCAACACUGUGUGUGUGUGCACAUCUGGAACAGUCACAUGUCAAGCUAACGUAAUAGACUGUGAGACAGACAGAAGACUUCAUAAUGUGUCCCACACUGCUCAUACGUGUGAGGGUGGUAACGGGGAGUGUUCGGCCGUGCCCUGCCCUCCACUGGACUGCACACAAAAGGAGAGUGUACCUGGGGAGUGCUGCCAGCGAUGCAGCAGCUGCAUCCACUCAGGUGUCCGCUAUGAUCACAAUGCAAAGUGGAGACCAGCAGAGAGUCCAUGUGACGUCUGCCACUGUUUGGAGGGUGACGUUAGCUGUGAGAGGGAGCGAUGUCACACGCCCUGUAGCAACCCAGCGCCUCCUCCACACAAAGCCUGCUGUCCUGUGUGUCAAGGUUGUGGUGUGAAUGGACACAACUUCCCAAAUGGAGCUGUCAUCCCCACUGGGGACCGCUGUGAAGAGUGCACAUGUGUGGAUGGAAAUGUAGCAUGUUCACCUCGGCCGUGCCCUGCCUUGUUUUGUCCAAAUCCUGUGCAUCGUGUCGGUGACUGUUGUCCACGGUGUGAUCGGUGUGAGUAUGAAUCCAAAGUCUACCUGGAUGGACAGAAGUUUUCAUCCACAGGUGACCCUUGCCUUCAGUGUCGCUGCUUUGCAGGGGAAGUGUCCUGUGAGCGCUUGGAGGCGUCUUGUCCCGCGCUGGACUGCAGCCAUCCAGCUAAACGCAAGGGAGAGUGCUGUCCGACAUGCAACGAGUGUGACUUUGAUGGGAGGGUGUAUGCAGAUGGGAAAGUGUUUGUCCCACCUGGAAGUGGAUCCUGCCUGCAGUGCAGGUGUAAGAGUGGAAAUGUAGUUUGUCAUGAGGAGAAGUGUCCUCCUGUGCAGUGCUCCAACCCCAUCAUAGACCCACAGCGGUGUUGUCCUGUCUGCAAAGCAUGUGUGCUGGAGGGGUUGGAGUAUGAAGAUGGGUCCAGGUGGCACCCAGGUGAUCCCUGCUCUAGCUGCACAUGUGUGAAUGGAAACACCUUGUGUACUCACAACCAGUGCCCCCCCACCACCUGUCAGCAUCCCACCAAGACCACUGGCUCUUGCUGUGCAGUGUGUGACAGCUGUACCUAUCACCAUCGUAUCUACGGCAACGGGCAGAGGUUUGUGACGCCAGACAAGCCGUGCCAACUCUGCACAUGUCUGCAUGGCACUGUGGAAUGUGAGCGAAGACCUUGCCAUCCACUCAACUGUACCAACGCAUACACACCACCUGGGGAGUGCUGCCCUAAGUGUCCAGAUUGUUUCUUUGAAAACCAUGUGUUUGUGGAUGGACAAGCCUUUCCAAACCCAGUGAGUGCAUGUGAGGAGUGUAAGUGUGCGAGCGGUAGGAUCGACUGCCACCAAGCGCAGUGUCCUCGUCCUCACUGUAACGCUCCUCUGUCAGGAACAUGCUGUCGCAACAACUGUAAUGGGUGCAGCUAUGCUGGAAAGGAGUAUCACAAUGGCCAGGAGUUUGCACAUCCGACUGACUCAUGCAGGACCUGCAACUGCAUUAAUGGAAAUGUCCAGUGUCUGAUGAAGAGAUGUCCACCACUGUCAUGCACUAACCCUCAUGCAUUGCCUGGUGAAUGCUGCCCCCAGUGCCCUGCGGCGCCUUUAGACUGUGAGUACGAGCGACAAACUUACAGACACAGUGAGCGUUUCUACCACCCGGCUGGCAACUGUCAAUUAUGCUCCUGUACCAAUGGCACUGUCCACUGUCAGAGGAAGCCCUGUCCCUUUGUGUCCUGCUCCCAUCCAAUCACACGGGACUGCUGCCGAACAUGCGAAGGCUGUUUAUAUGAAAGUCGAGAGCGAGCCAAUGGGGAGAGGUGGGAUGAUGUUUCCGACCCUUGUGCUGUAUGUGUGUGUCAUGAGGGGUCUGUAAGGUGCGAGAGAAAGCGUUGCCCCCCGACAGACUGUAAGCACCCGGUGCAGAGACAGUGCUGCAUGUCCUGUGAUGGUUGCAUGUUUCAUGGGAAAGAAUACGCUGAUGGUGCCGAGUUUGCGGACGACAAAGACCCCUGUUCUGUGUGUUACUGCUACAGGGGGGAGGUGGUCUGCAGCACACUACCCUGCUAUGGAGACUGCCGCCACCCUUACAAAGCACCUGGACAAUGCUGUGGAGAAUGUGAACGCUGCUUUUAUAAUGGAGCUGUCCUUGCUAAUGGACAGUCAUUUCCAGAUCCGGGCAACCGUUGCUCUGAAUGCACCUGUCAGACUGGCACUGUGCGCUGUGAGAAAAAGUCAUGUCCUCCAGCGCUCUGUCGUCACCCUGUCACUGACACAUGUGGAUGUCCUGUCUGUGACGGUUGUCACUUCCAAGGUGAGAAGUACAUUGAUGGACAGAUCCUUGCAGGAGGAGAAGAUGGCUGCCAAGAGUGCACGUGUUCAAGGGGCGAGGUGGUGUGUGCAUCACGAAGAUGUCCAGUCGUGUUUUGCACUCAUCCGGCGCUGGACAGCUGUGCAUGCGGCGUGUGUGAUGGGUGCAACUUUGAGGGCCGGGACUGUUUCAACGGAGAGCGAUUCGCUCAUCCUGUGGAUCGUUGUCAGCUCUGCACCUGUCUGAAUGGCGGUGUGGUGUGCGUCCAUGUGUCAUGUCCAAGUGUCACCUGUUUGCAUCCAGUGACCCCCCCAGGGGAGUGCUGCCCCGUCUGCACUGGGAUUUGUCGACAUCAAGGGAAGGAAUACCAGUCGGCCUCAUCCUUCCCUUCACCCUCUGACCCCUGCUCCUCCUGCUCCUGUCUGAAUGAAAUGGUGACCUGUCAGAGGAGACCAUGUCCAGUCCAGUGUUCCCACCCCGUCCCCUCAGACACCUGCUGUCCUGUCUGUGACUCCUGUCUAUACGAGGGUGUGGUCCACCCCCAAGGCUACACCUUCACUCUAUCCUCCAACCCUUGCCAACGUUGCACCUGUGUCAGAGGCACGGUUACCUGUGUGCCCCUUGUGUGCCCACCCACACCCUGCAGCCAAGCCGUCACCAAGCCAGGACAGUGCUGCCCUGAGUGCACAGCAUGUAUGUUGGAUGGACAUGAGUACAAUGACGGAGCGGUGUGGACCUUGGGUUCAAACCACUGUUCCACAUGCACCUGUCAGGCUGGUGAGGUGCAGUGUACGUCCCCACAGUGUCCCAAGCUGACCUGCAUGCACCAUGUGACUGAGCCAGGAGCGUGCUGUCCUCGAUGUAGAGGUUGUAUGUAUGAUGGAGGUGAGCAUAUGGAAGGCAGCAGCUGGUUCGCCGACUCGUCUCACUGCAGGAGCUGCAUGUGCGUGGAUGGAGUGACCACCUGCUCCGAAAUACGCUGCCUGUCUCCGUGCACCAACUUCAUCGACGUGCCCGGGGAGUGCUGUCCUGUGUGUGCUGGUGGGCUACAUUGGCUUCCCAUGUGUAGUGAUAGUCAGUGUUCUAUGGUGUCAUGUAAUUAUUGUAUUAUUUUUUUUGGAGACUGUGUGUUUGAGGGCAGAGUGUACGGUCCAGGAGACAGCUUCCAUCCUGCUGGAGAUCCCUGCCAGGUCUGCACUUGUGAGGUGAUGCCAGAUGGAGAACAACACCUGCGAUGUUACCGCAAACAGUGUCCAAGUCUGGUUGACUGCCCCAAAAACAACAUCUUGUUCUCUGGACCUGACUCCUGCUGUCCUGUUUGUGCACAGCCCCUCAGUAACUGCACUGCUACGCUGAUUGGCAACGAGGUCCUGGCCACAGAUGACCCUUGUUUUACCUGCCAGUGCAAGGAUCUAACAUGGACCUGCCUCCAUCGAGCCUGCCACCCACUGACGUGUCCCCCCAGUGAACAGUUCACCCCUCCAGACUCGUGCUGUCCGGUGUGUAAAGACUGCCUGAUUGAGGGUCAGAACAGACGCGUGGCGAGCGGCAGCAGGUGGACGGACAGCGACGACGACUGUGUCACGUGCACCUGCAAUCUGGGCUACAUUGAGUGCAGCAUCGAGGAGUGUUCAUCUGCAGCAUGUCCGAAUAGCCAGAAAGCAGUAAAGGUAGCAGGGAGAUGCUGCCAUGAAUGUCAAGACUCUGGCGUGUCGUGUUUGCACCAGGGCACCUUGUAUCAGUCUGAUGAACAGUGGCAGGUGGACGAGUGCACCGCCUGCACUUGUGUGUCUGGAGACGUGCACUGUCGCAGCGAACGCUGCCCUCCACUCACCUGUGCUACAGAUGAGAUGCCAGCGGUUGUUCCAGGUUUGUGUUGUCCUCACUGCAUCCCUCGCCCGGCCACAUGCAUCGCGUUCGGCGACCCUCAUUACCGCACAUUCGACGGCCGCAUGCUGCACUUUCAGGGGGCGUGCACCUACGUUCUGGCGCAGGACUGCGAGGGCGGAGACUUCAGCAUUCACGCCACGAACGAGGAUCGUGGCCGUAAAGGGGUGUCAUGGACUAAAGAGGUCACCGUCUUUAUCGGUGAUGUCACAGUGCAGCUUCUCCAGGAUUGGCUGGUCAAGGUCAAUAAUGAGGUCGUGACGCUGCCGUUCCUCAGAGAACCAUACAUCUACAUAGAACGCAAAACUAACACCAUCCUGCUCAAUACCAACAUCGGCCUCAAGGUGCUGUGGAGCGGUCGUUCCCACCUGGAGGUGAGCGUUCCAGGGUCCUAUAAAGGUCACACAUGUGGCCUGUGUGGAAACUUUAACAACUACCAUCAGGAUGACCUCCGCAUGCCCAGUGGACAGAUGAGCCUGUCAGAAGCAGACUUUGGCAACAGCUGGAGGGUCACAAAUGGAAGCCACUCCCUUUUGUCGUGUCGGCCCGGGGAGGACGUCGACCCUUGCAAGGAGGCGGGCUACCACGCCAGGAAAGGUGCUAACGCUCGCUGCAAGGUCCUCAAGUCGGCAAUCUUUAAGCCUUGCCACCGCGUGGUCCCACCUGAGACGUGGUACGCCGCCUGCGUGUACGACCUGUGCGCCUGCGGGGCCAACACUGAUGAGUGUCUGUGCGACACGCUGGAGGCCUACGCCAGCCAGUGUCGAGAGGCUGGGGUGGUCCUACGGUGGAGGAGCCCAUCGCUGUGUGCUGUGGGCUGUCCAGUGGAGAGGGGAUUCGUGUUUGACGAGUGCGGCCCCCCAUGUCCUGUGACGUGCUUCAACGCCGCCGUACCACUAGGGGUGAUAGAGAGCCACUGUUUCAAGCCCUGCGUGCCCGGCUGCCAGUGUCCCGCCGGGCUGGUGCUGCACAACAACUACUGCAUCCAUUCCAGCAAAUGUCCUAAAAUCAUCCACGGCAAAAACUUGUGAUGAUGCUUGAAGUUUGAAAGGCACAUUUGGACAAACACACUGCCGCCAUUUUUCAUGCGCACUCGGUUUCUGUACAAGAAAGCUCACGGAACCUCAAGAUGUUCUCCAUAAUGACUAAACGUGCAGUGCUAUUUAUAGAAGACAAGGGUCCAUAUUGUCAGUGUUCACUUCCUGUUUUUUGUUUAUGCAGUUUGUGAGGCGGCAGCUUGAGAAAAAUAAAGAAAAACACAGUUUUCAGACCUAGUAAGCUAACUUCAGUUGUGUUUAAAGGCAAAAUGAAUAGUUUUUUAGUUCCCACAGUGUAAACAGAGUCUGGUUUGAGAAAUUCAGUUCAGGGAGUAAGGGAGGCCUCCAGCUGCUUUAACACGUUUCUAAAGUAUUGUGUGCAUCAUUCUUACUAAGUACUGUAUUAACUAUAUGUUUCAUGUUUUUAAGCACUGUGCAAUGUCUGACUGUAAGGCACAUUAUCUCAGGUACUCCUUUGUUUGAAUAAAUAAAGCUCUCACUAAUAAUUCUGCAUCUAUUGUUA